UAAGUAUAUCUGAGUCCUGAUGGUAUCUCUGAGCCGCGACUGCGACAAUACUCAUCCUGUGGUGUGGUAGCGGUAUUAGCAGGGCGUUUGGCUAUUGAUUUUUAUAAGAGUCUUUGUUGUUUUUACUCUUAGAUUAUAUUAAUAUUAUCAAGUUGUUAAAAAUAAACAGUAAAUAUGACUGAAGAAGUGCAAAGUGAAGAAGUUUUCAAAAAACUAGAUGCAUUAAAAGACAUAAGGGAUAAAACUGAAAAAUUAGAGUCUCUUAAAAUGAAUAUUUUGAAAGAAAUCGAAGCUAGUGACCAAGAAGAUAAAUGUCUCAAUGAAUAUCGAAAAGAAUUAGAACUUCUCUUACAAGAAAAAAUGGCUCAUGUAGAAGAACUUAGACAAAUACAUGCAGAUAUAAAUGCAAUGGAAGGUGUUAUUAAAAAAGCAGAAGAGUCUAGAAAUCGCUCUAUGGAACGAGCUAAACAAGUACAUGAUGAAUAUAAACCUCUAAAAAUGGAUAUUGAUCGAAUGCGAAGAGAUCUCCUAGGUCUUGAAAGAUUACCAGAACUUCAUGAAGAAGAGGGAGAUCUUGUCAGACCUGAUCUUUUUGUGCAAAAUUAUUUUGAUAAGCAAUUAAAACCUGCUGUAUCUGCUUCAAAUAAUUCUGAUUGGCAUAGUGGAGAUAAUGUACCAUUAAAUUUUUCUCAAGCUCAUCAACAUGCUCAAGCAGCCGUUGCUGCUUUCCUAGGAUCUCAAGCUGCUGUUCAGUCUUCACCCUUACAACAGUUAGCUACUAGUAGUAAAAUGGUUAAUGGUACAUCUGUUGACACAAGACCAAUACCACCUAUUCCUGGACCACCAACAUUCAGGCAACAACCACCACCAAUGAAAUCUUGUUUAUCAUGUCAUCAACAAAUACAUCGCAAUGCUCCAAUAUGUCCUUUAUGUAAAGCCAAAUCUAGGAGUCGUAAUCCAAAAAAGCCAAAGAAAAAAGAUUAACUAUUAAUGAC